GGAAAAAUAAAAAAGAAGAUUGGGACCUAGCCUCCACAUCAGCAUGACGUCAUGAAUACAAGCAACUGAAAUGUCGCCAAAUAUUACUCUCAACAGUUUCGCAUGUCUUUUCCUGCUACACGAGUAUCAGGAAAAUCGCACCCGAAAAGAGAGUCCGGUGGGGACACAGGAAGGUUACCCUAUCUGGCUCAGUUCAGGGUGCCGCAUUUCAUUUCAUGAACGCCCAACGGAUACAACCUCACCAGGGGAACAACAACGGAGAGAUGAGCUACCAGGAGAGCGCGAGUGGCCUAAAAGGAGGGGAACCAGGUACCUCGGAGUAUCUUGUCGACUAUGUGACGGACGGGACGACGCUGUGCUCCGCCCAAUACAAGGAGAAACUGCCAAAGAUAUGCAAGGUGUGCGGUGACGUAGCCAAAAGCUAUCACUUUGGAGGCCUGAGCUGUGAUUCUUGCAAGGCCUUCUUCAGGAGGACAGUUCAGAGCGAAUCGUGGGAGACUUUUCUUUGCGUCACAGGGGGCAACUGCCAGAUUACCCCAAACAAGAGAAGCUGCCAGGCGUGUAGGUAUGAGUCAUGUAGGAAAAUCGGAAUGGACCCCUCACUCGUGAUGACCAUGAGCGACAGAAAAGCUCUGAUGUAUCGCAAACUUGAAAGGAAAAAGCAGCAGCUGCUAGAAAAUUACAAACAGAUGGACCUCCAGCACAGAGUCACUGAGCCAGCAGGAUGGCAAGAGACUGUUUCUGCAUCGAACAGCAGUCAUCAUGAGGCCAGUAUGGAGUGGAAUCACUGGAACAGUGACGACAACAUAGAAACUUCAAGUGUUGACGUCAGCUGUGCGGUAGAGGAUGUUGAUGACUGCCUCAUCAUCGAGACACUUAGUGAAAAAAAUCGGGAGAAAAUCAAGGGUCUCCAGAAAAUCAUGCAGGCAGCACUAACUUUCCCAGAGUUCCCAAAACACUAUUACGAAGAAGACGCUGACGUAACGGAACACCUCUUCUUCGUAUUUUGCAAAGGCAUGGGCAAGUUUUUCAGUCUAGUGCCAGAAUUUCGAGACUUAGACGACAACGACCGGGGCGUUUUGCUCAAAGAUGCAGUGGCCAAGUCGAUUUUCGUUUUCGGGGCUCACCAGUUCCAGGAGGUUCAUGAAUGCUGGCCUCGGAAGCUCCUUUCUCCUUUCUGCACAUUCCCAACAAUAUCUUUAGCCACCACAGAGAAGUUUAUUGAUGAUGCAGAUACUUUUCAGAAGAUGAAAACUUUCAUGAGAAAGUACUGUAAAUUUUUUGAUGAUGAAGUGGUGACCUUGAUAAGUCUGAUGAUAGGAGCCUUUGAUACUGACCUUAUGUCCCUUACAGAUCUGCCAAAAGUAGUAAACUACAAGGAGAUUUAUGUCCAGUUGCUUGAGGAUUACGUUCAUUAUCGAAAUGCAUCAAUAUCUGUAACUUCGUUUUCCUUAGAGCUCUGGGAUUGUUUUGCUGAAGUAAAAGAUCUAAAGGAAUGUUUCCAAAAAGGCGCCACUAAAGACAAGAAGGAUAAAUCACCAGAGGAAAAGGACGAAGCCUCCUUCGCUAGUUCGCUCAAUGACUUGGGCGAGGACCCAAAGAUGCCGCCCAAAAAGGCUUUCUCCGAACGCAUCAAGGCUAAAGAGAGUUCAUAUAGUACGGAAAGAUGUCUGAUAAAUGAAUUCAGUGAAAAGAAGCUGAAGGCAACAACCUCCGUGGAUCUAACACAGUCUGAGAAUGACAAGCAAACUACAGAAGAGGAUGACAUAAUAAUAACUUCUGAAAAACUACAGAAAACCUAUUUCACAGUAACGCAAGAUCAUAAUUAUCAGAAACCAAGAGCCCGACUACCUCCGAAGGAAUCACACUAUAACAAUAGAUUUCAAGAAUCUGAGGAGGAAGUGCAAAUAUUACCCUCUGAUAGAAUGAAUAGAGUAUUUCCGCAAUCUGCUAAACAACCACAACAGAUGAAAAGAGCUAUCACACCAAAUAUAUCAGGUACAGCCACUUUUAUGAAUGAUCACUUACAACCCGAAGAUUACUGGGUACCAAAUGGAAGGUUUCCAACAAUUUGCUCAAUGCAAACGUCACCAGCAGGGUUAGUACCCAUAGCACCUCAAGGUAAUCCAUGUUCUCCUAUGCCACAGAGUAUCCAAGUCGGGUAUCCAAGUUACCAUAGUUCACAAGUCGAUUUGAGUAAAGUAUAUCAAACAAAUGUCUUUGAUACAGGGCUUUACAGGCCAAAACAACCCCAUAUGUAUUCCUCAACCAAUGAGAGGCAUGUCACUCGCGAGUUACGUCGAGAACCCGAGUUCAUAUCGCUAGAGAACACGACGUCUUCUCGUGCGGAAAUCUUCCAACCUCUCGCUGUAAGUGGUACACCUGUUCAGAUGCCCGUAGGUAGGUUGAGGGGAGCACUCGAACAAUUGCAAGCCCAUCAUAAUCGUUAUCCAGAGCAUACGAGCAUAGCUUCUGAAGUAUAUACGACCCAACAGCAAGGUUUUCCACCCAGUACCUGUGAACCUGCCAGGCUCUCCAUGAACAGAAUUCUCCAGGAUGUACAUUCUCGUCCACAGAAGUCAAGACAGUCUCCCAUGAGUGAUAUUUGUAACAAUUUGAACCAUUUGUCGACUCAGGAUGACCAUCAGUUGGUUGAAGCAGUUCAAGAUGUACUGCCUCCCCAUUUAGUAAAGCAGUUGAUCAACAGGCUCAGUAAUGGACAGUGAGAACAGCUAUACAUGUUGCUUUGAGUUUUUAUCAGUGUAGUAAACACUUUGCAGCAUAUUCUCGCGCUUCCCUUUCGAAAGAACGUCAACCUUGGUACUUCAGAGGCAGUACAUACUCAACUGCGUCUUGUUUUGCUUUCAAUUGUCAUAUUUUCUAGAUUGUGAUUAUCCACAUCUGCUUUGCCAUCAAAGACUGAUUCUUAAAACAUACACAUGUGGCUAUAUUUCUCAUUCAUUUUCAAAGAUUCAAGAAUCUUCUGUAUACAAAGUUUUAAAUUGUUCACACAGUCAUAACUCAUAUCACUCAAACGAAUGAAUGAAAAAAUGUAAACCCUUGUGAUCACUUCCAUAACAUCAACUGCAUACCACAUCUGCUUUUCGCUAGCUCAACAAGAACGAGGGGAGAGCAAGAGUGGCUAAUAUUGGUCAUAAGCCCGUAACCAACCCAUAACCAUGAGCAACAGAACUCUACCUACAAAGGUAGGAGGAAAUAAUAUCUUAUAAUCCUGUGUAUGGGACAUAUGCGGGAUACAUACCCCUACAGGAAAAUAAUUUAUGGAUAUGGAGUUAUUCUGUAAACAUAUUUUUUAUCUCUUCUUCCUUCUUCUUUAUUUGAUUUCGGUGUAGUGGUAUUUCGGUGGACUUACCUGCUACGUUGCAGGAAGAUACGCCAAGUCCGUUUUCUUUGGACCCUACCCUUAGGGAAGAGACAUAUUAACCCCCUCCCUUUCCCGCCCCCUAGCUCCUAGUAUUAGUCGGUGUGCAGAGCGUGGUAUAACCAAUUUCAGACAACCAAUUUCAGACAGCAAUAAAAAUUACACCCGGUUAAUCCUUAACCUUCCACCCCACCCUCUCUCUCUCUGUUUUCUGUCCGUCCAGCGAUUUUACCAAUAGGUCUAAGGAAUAUUGCAAGAAGAAGAAGCAGAUAACCGGCAUUCAGCUUUGACACACUUGAACCAGGACACAGUCAAUCAAGCGGAGUAUAUACGAACUGCAUCCCGGAAAGUUCACAAAAAGCUCAAAUGUAAAUUGGUUACUGAGACCGAGUGUUUUCAAGGUGAAGAGUUCUGUUUUAUUGCAUUGUUCUGCUUUUCUCUACCUUUGUCUGCAGUCGCUGACUCAAUAAAUGCGGUACAUAUUAUUAUAACUGU